CUCCUCCUCUUCCUCCUCCCAGACCAACCCAGCCCUUUCCCUUCCUUGCCUUUCCCUUCCUUUGCUGUCUUUAGCGCCUCUGUACGCGUUUGGGAGUCUCGGAGCGGAGCGUGGAGUGGCACAAUGGCCGUCUUUCUCCUAGCGAGCCUGCGAUGCUGACGCCUGAGCCUCCCUCGCCCGCCGUCGUUCCUGCUGCUCCUGCCGCCGGGAUUUCAUGUUCCCCAUUGGCCUGAAUGUCUGUGUCCAUGGCCAAGCGCGAGAGCGGCGGCGGCGCCGCCAGCCCGGUGGUGAGGCAGAUCGACAAGCAGUUCCUGGUGUGCAGCAUCUGCCUGGACCGCUACCACAACCCCAAAGUGCUGCCCUGCCUGCACACUUUCUGUGAGAGAUGCCUGCAGAACUACAUCCCUCCGCAGUCCCUGACGCUGUCGUGUCCGGUGUGCCGGCAGACGUCCAUCCUGCCCGAAAAGGGCGUGGCCGCUCUCCAGAACAACUUUUUCAUCACCAACCUGAUGGAGGUCCUGCAGCGGGACCCCGAGUGCAGCCGACCCGAGGCAUGCAACGCGCUGGACUCGGCCGGCGCCGCCACCACCUGCCCGACCCUCUCCUGCCCCAACCACGAGGGCAAGGUGAUGGAGUUCUACUGCGAGUCGUGCGAGACGGCCAUGUGCCUGGAGUGCACGGAGGGCGAGCACAGGGAGCAUGUGACGGUGCCUCUGAGGGACGUGCUCGAACAACACAAGUCGGCACUCAAGAACCAGCUGGACACCGUACGCAACAGACUUCCACAGCUGACGGUGGCCAUCGAGCUAGUGAACGAGAUCUCCAAGCAGCUGACGGAGCGCAAGCACGCCGCCGUGACGGAGAUCAACGACACUUUUGACGAGCUGGAGAAAGCCUUGCACCAGCGCAAGAGCGCCCUUGUCGCCGAGGUGGACAACAUCUGCAGCGCCAAGCAGAAGGUGCUCCAAGCCCAGCUGACGUCGUUGCUGCAGGGCAAAGAGAACAUCCAGAGCAGCUGCGACUUCACCGAGCAGGCCCUGAGCCACGGCAGCGCCACCGAGGUGCUCCUGGUCCAGAAGCAGAUGGGCGAGCGGGUCAGCGCCCUGGCGCGCCACACCUUCCCCGAGUACCCGCAUGAAAACGGCCACCUGGAGUGCCAAGUAGAGACGGACGGCCUGCGGCGCUCCAUCCAGAACCUGGGAGUCUUGAUUACCACGGGGGCGGUGGGCCACACCAGCGUGGCCACUGGCGAGGGCCUGCGCCAUGCGCUGGUGGGCCAGCACACCACCGUCACAGUCACCACCAAGGACAAAGACGGCGAGCUGGUCAGGACGGGCAACGCCGCCCUGCGGGCCCGUAUCGUGUCGGCCGAGGGUGCGGCGGCCGAGGCCGAGGUGACGGACAACAAGAACGGCACCUACGAGGUGGGCUACACGGCCCGCGCCGAAGGCGAGUACGCCUUCUCGCUGCUGCUCUACGAGCAGCCCGUCCGGGGGAGCCCCUUCCGCCUGCGCGCCGUCAAGCCCUCCGACGUGCUGCAGUCGCCCGACGACGUCAAGCGGCGGGUCAAGUCGCCCAGCGGCGGAGGAGGUCACGUGCGCCAGAAGGCCGUCAGAAGGCCCUCCAGUAUGUACAGCACCACCAAGAAGAAGGAGAACCCCAUUGAGGACGAGCUCAUCUACAGAGUCGGAACAAGAGGACGUGACAAAGGAGAAUUCACCAACCUUCAAGGCAUCUCCACCUCCAGCAACGGUCGCAUCGUGGUGGCCGACAGCAACAACCAAUGCAUACAGGUGUUCUCCAACGACGGGCAGUUCAAGAUGCGAUUCGGGGUCAGAGGUCGCUCCCCGGGGCAGCUGCAGCGCCCGACGGGGGUGACGGUGGACAUGAACGGCGACAUCAUCGUGGCCGACUACGACAACAGAUGGAUUAGCAUCUUCUCCUCCGACGGAAAAUUCAAAAACAAAAUCGGUGCCGGUCGUCUGAUGGGUCCGAAAGGAGUGGCCGUGGACAAGAACGGACACAUCAUCACUGUGGACAACAAGGCCUGCUGCGUCUUCAUCUUCCAGGCCAACGGAAAGCUGGUCACCAAAUUUGGAGCCAAGGGAACGUCCGACAGACACUUUGCUGAAAAAAGUGGAGCAAAUGUGACACUUGAACAAAAGCUGAGUAAAUCAGGCCCCGUCUUCAGUCCUCAUUUUGUGGCAGUCAAUAACAAGAAUGAGAUUGUCGUGACGGACUUUCACAACCAUUCCGUGAAGGUCUACAAUGCAGACGGCGAGUUCCUGUUCAAGUUUGGCUCGCACGGCGAAGGCAACGGCCAGUUCAACGCUCCCACGGGCGUGGCCGUCGACGCCAAUGGCAACAUCAUCGUGGCCGACUGGGGCAACAGUCGCAUCCAGGUUUUUGACAGCUCAGGCUCCUUCUUGUCCUACAUCAACACGACGGCAGACCCCUUGUACGGCCCGCAAGGCUUGGCGCUCACCUCGGACGGCCACGUGGCGGUGGCCGACUCGGGCAACCACUGCUUCAAGGUUUACCGCUACCUGCAGUAAGACGCCACAAAGGCACAGGGUGGAAUGAAACCUCUCGUCUCACGUAUCAGCCAUGACGCUCGCGCCGUGGGCUCGGAAUUUUACAAUGUUUUUAUUUUCCGAAUUUGACGACAUAGCUUCUUUUAAGGAACACGUGGAGCGUACGAGUGUGUGUGCGCGUGCUACAAAGAUAGCUCGAUUAGAUUCCAGUAUUACACGAGCCUUAACUUUGUCCCAAUGCAUGCAAUUCGAUUUCAUCUCCGUAACGUCAUUUAUAUACCGACAAGUAUAUGGGCCACACCACUGCAAAGAAAAUAACUAGUCUUUUUUUUUUUUUUUAAAUCAAUUUCAGUCCAUUUUAUUCACUGCUUGGUGUGAAACAAUAAUUUGCUGUAUGUACUUAGUGUAUAUAGCGAACUAAAUGUAUAUUAUUGUGUAUAAUACAACAUGACGAGGACGCAGCGGCAGCGGCACCCAAGGCAGCUGUUUUCAAAUAUGCGCUUUUCAAAACUUGCUUGAUGAACAUACGUACACUAGAAGAAUAUUUAUUGCGAUUAAAGCAGCACAAUAUCGUUUUUUUGUUGAUGACUUUUGUUUUUUGUAUGAUUUUAAGCAACAAGGAGGCAGGACGGGGGGAGGGGGGAGCUAAUUUAUUUGAUUUUAUACACUUUUACACUUUUAUUUUUUUAAAUGGAUAUGGGUUUGAAUUGUUUUCAUUUUAUUUUAUCUGACAACGCCAUGUCACCUUUCAAAGGUGUAUUGAUUGAGAUUUGUGAAUUCAUUUGUGAUCAUGUGAAGAUGGGCUGCAUAUGAUGAUCUCGUUUUCUAUUUAAUAAAUUGAUACAAAAACAAAUUUAGUUUGAAAUUCAAGCAAUUAAUUAGGGUUAACCCGAACCCUAAAUUACAGUAAUACAUUCAUUCAGUCAAUUAAUUAAAGGUCCAAACACAAAAGUACAAGGAAUAUGUAAGCAUACUAAAUUACUUUUGAUAUAUAAUUUGGAUCCAAUGUGUAAUCUUUCUGCUUGUAAUUAAUCCCAGGCAACCAACCAACUCUCGAUCAAAAAUAAAAAUGUGUGUUUUUGAGGUGCGUGCUGGGGACAAAAUACACUUCUCAGGAAACACAAACUGGCAGGUUGGUUAUUUUAUUAUAUUGUAAUUAUAAUCACCACUGUUAGAAUGAAGGACGUUAAUGAACCAAAUUUGGGUGAUGACAGAUUGCGUGAACUUUGACGUUCAGUCUGAUCUUUGUUGUACUGUUCCGCUUUGGCUCCCCCUGCUGGCCAUUGUGUGCCAACACUUCAUUUAUUCAAAUGAAUGGUGACGGUUUUUAAAACUACCCACGAUCUUAAUACAAAACAUUUCAUCAUUGUGGUUUAUUUCUAUAAUUGUGUCUCGCGCGCGCGUGGUCUGGUUUCUAGAAAUAUGCACUGGUAAUAAAAGCACAUGGUUACCUGAAAA